GGCUGCAAGUUUCACACUGUCUACAGUCUAUACUACCAAUAUAAAUCCAACCCUCUCUCUUCCUAACCUACACCUCUCCACUUCCAAUUACUCUAUACAUCAUCUAACACCGAACUAAUCAUCAGCUAGCUUGACCAGCAUCAUGGCAUCUCAUUAUAAUCUAGUAGAUUACGACUCUGACACCGAACGCACCACAAACCCCUCCAUCCCCCUCGAAAACCUAACCUCAGUAGCCCUAUUCCUCACCUCCCUCACCCACUCCAACAUCCCCUACGCGAUAAUGGGCGGUUUCGCCGUCCGCCUCCUCGGCGGGACACGCAUGACCCGCGACGUUAAUAUCGCGUUCCAGACUCCCGGUAAACUUUUAGAGGGGGAAAGGAGGCUGGUUGUGCCGGGUACGAGGCUUAUUUGUAAUAUUAUGAAGGUUUUUGUGUGGACGGGGCCGGGGUGGGAUGGAUGUGGGGUUGGGUGA